AAACUACACAAUGCUUCUAUAGCAGAUAUCAAAAAUGAAUGAAAAACGCACAGAACGUGUGCAAAAACAUACCACAAAAAACGUACUGUUUUAUUACAGCAUUUGCUGUGAUACGUUUAAAAGACUCUUUGCGUCGUUCUAAAUAUACAAUUUUAAUUAAUUGUGAUUGUUUUUUUCACUGAAGCUUUUUGCUUUUACUUAAACUGAAAAUUUGGUUCAACCAAAAAAAAAAUAAUUGAAUUAACCUAAAUUUAAUUUUAUCUACAUUUAUCUACACUUAGUUUCAAUUUUAUCUACAUUUAGUUAUGAUUAAAAAUUUUGAGAUAUUAUGAAAAGAAAAGCAGUUAAAUAGGUACAAAUUUCACCUAGAAAUAUAUAUUUGUUGAUCUUUUUUUGUUAGAGCCAAUUAUGGCCCGCUUUAAUGGCCACGGCCCCGGAAGCAGCCGAACCCAGAAUGGGUUCAAGUCGAGUGGAGGUGGUUCGGCCUCAACCCACAUGCCGAAUGGAGGAAGCAACUCGUUCAACAUCAACUCGGAAGACUCGGCUGAUUACGCUAGCAACGAAAUGCAUUACAAAAUGUGCAAGAAAAUCGCCCAGCUCACAAAGGUGAUCUACACUCUGAACACAAAAGCAGACGAACACGAAACAGUAGUUGAAGAAAUAGAGUCGAAACACGAGACACAAAUGAACAAGUUCUUCGUGGACUGUGAACAAAAACUAACAUUAGCCAAGUCCAAAAUAGAAGACCAGAAGUCACUCAAAGACAAAAUAUUAUCACUAGAAGCAAAAAUUGAGGGUCUCAAGGGCACCAAAGACAUGCAUGAAGUGGAGCUGAAAAAAGUGAAAAGCAGCGCCCAAGACGAAAUCACCAAAUUAAAAAUAAGUCAUAGCAAUACCAUUUUAAAUCUAGGAAAGGAGGUUGAAACACUCAGAGAUAAAUUAGAAACACAAACUGAUGAGUUUUCGCAACUUUUACAUAAUCUAGUUAAAGAAAAAGAAAAAAGUUUAGAAGAAGUCCGAGUUUUACAUGAUAAGACUUUGGAAACACUGAAAUUUGACCAUAAAGAAGAAAUCAGAAAACUGAAAGAAUCAAUGAGCCAAUUGGAAAGUCCUGAAAAAUUAACCAGCCUCCAAAAAGAAUUACAAGACAUGCAAAAAUUGAAAGAAAUAGCCGAGAGCAGUUUAUUGUCCGAGACUGAAAAGUUACGUAAUCAGCAUGAUGACGAAUUAGAAAAAUUACGCAAUGAUCUGCAGUUAGAAGCAAUGCAAGCCACGAGAAGUGUCCGUGACAGUCUAAGUCAGAAAUUGCAAUCGCGAGAACAAGAAUUGAACUCCGAAAUUGAGCGCCGCAAUUCGGAAAUUGGUUCAAAAAUCAAAGAAAUUGAAAGUCUGAAACAGAUUACUGAACGGCAAAAGAUGGAACUUAGUGCGAAGCAUGGGGAGGGUCAGAGCAUGAGUGAAGAGUUCAACUUAAUGAAAGAACAGAUGGGCAAUCUGGAAACAGAAAACACAGUCCUCAAAAACAGGGCAGACAGUUUGACUGCUGAAGUGAAGAAAAGAGAUGCAGAAAUACAAUCACUGAAAGACCAACUUGCCCUGAUGGAUAAGUCUAGAGUAGAGUGGGAGAUGAAGUAUGAGGAUGGAGUGAUGGAGAGGAAUGUUCUAGAAGAAAAGAACAGAUGGCUGGAGGGAGAGGUGGACAGUCUCACCCAGAGAAUCGAACAACUCAGCAGCAAAAUGGGCAAUGACACAGUACAGGCGCAAAAAGAGUUGGAGGAUCUACGUAAAGAUCUGGAGUCCAAAAUGUUUUCUAAAGAGAGUGAGUUGAAAGAAGAGAGAGACAGGAGAGAGAGUGAGUUGCAGAUGGCCACUUUUGAGUUUGAGAAGAGGUUGCACGAAGAGAGGAGCCGAUGGGAGGAGGAGAUGGACAGGAUACUCUCCUCCAAGACAGAACUGCAAGACUGCAAACAGGAGUACGAGAAGAAGAUCUCCAAUCUGGAAUCGAACUUCGAGAAGGAGCAGAAGAUUCUGAUGAGUCAGAUUGAGAAACUCCAAGCAGAAAGUGCCGAGAAGCUGCAGAAACUACAGGGCGACCUGCAGAAGAAAUCAGAAGACUAUUCUUCGAAAGAGAAAUCACUGCGUGUGCUAGAGGAGAAAAUAGGCGACCUUCAGAAGUCAAUCGAAGAUCUGCAGUCGUCUCUGGAACUGAGCAAAGCAAGCUUGGCUGAAAACGAGCAAACAUUCAAAACUGAAAAGAAUGAUUGGGAGUUAUUACGAUCAAGCCUUGAAUCUUCUCUGCUGAAGCUGAAACAGGACCACGCCCAGCAACUGAUAGUUGUGGAGGCCAAUCUGAACAACGAGUGGAAAAACAAGCUAGAGGCGGAGAUGGCGCGUACUCGUGAGUUGAUGUCAAGUGAGCAGUCGCGAAGUGUCUCGGAGGAGGUCAACAGAGUUCAGAGAGAGAAGGAGGAGGAGAUUGAGAGACAGCGACAGCAGUUACAACACUCUAUCAACACACUACAACAACAGAUUGUUGAUCUGGAGCAGAAACUGGCAGACUCCUUUCGCAACGCAAAGCAAGCCAAAGAUAACUUGGAGGGGAAACUGAAAGCAGAGAAGGCCAACUUCGAAAAGGAGCUGCGUGAACAGAAAAACAAAGGGGCUGAAUCAGUCAGUAGUUUGCAGAAGAAGUUGCAGCAGGAAAUUUCAGAUCAGAUUGAAACUUCAAACCUACAAUUGCAGUUGCUGGAGCAGAGGCUGAAUGAGGAGCAUCUGGUUGAGAUGGAGAGACUAAAGAGUGAGAUGGAGGAGAGAAUGAAGAGUGGGGAGGAACAGGCGGCACAGAAACUCACACAACAGAUGGAACUCAUGCAGCAGACUCACCACAUCAAAACAGAACAACUCAGAAAUGAACUGAUGUCAAAACACAAAUCAGAAUUGGACAAAUUGACUGAGGGAUUCAACAGUCAAAUCAAUCAUCUCAAACAGGAGAUCGCACAGAUUAACACUCUCAGAGUGAAAAUGGAAAAAGAGAACAAUGUGAAGUUGGGUGGGAUGAAGGAAGAACUGAGUCACCGGAACUCCAUAAUCUCCUCUCUGGAGGGCCAACUGAGUGAACAGAAGGAGAAUAUGUUGCGGAUGGGAGCAGAGCUGGAGUUUAAGGACAAAGUGGUCCACAAAAUACGCGCAGAGUCAGAGGAGAGUAUCAGGAAGAAGCAGGCGGAGCUUGAGUCAUCUUAUAAAUUGGAACUGGACAAUCUACAGGCAGAGAAGUUGAGAGAACAGAGGCGACUGCUGGAUGAGUUCUCCAGGACCAGAGAAGUGUUACAAGUAGAGAUCAGAGACCUCAAGGCCAAGUUGCGCGAGGCGGAGGAGCGUUUUGAGAGGAGGGAGAGUCGGCCGGAGGAUAUGCAGUUGAUCAACCGACUGCAGCAGAUGCUGGAGGGGGAGGAGGAGAAACUGAAGAGACUCGCUCAAGAGAAAGAGUUCUUCCAACGGGAACUGGUCAAUAGGGAGACAAAUUUCAACAAGGUGUUCAAUUCCAGCCCCAAUGUGGGAGUACUCAACCCACUUGCAGCAGCUGGAAAGGGAAAAGGAGGCGCGGUUCAUAACUCAAUAUCUGGGAAAGGAAAUCUGUUCACUGCUAACUCCAUGACAUCCUCAACCUCUAACCCCCCUUCUGGAUAUCACAAUGGGUACACCGCGCACCAAAAGAUGUCCACUCCCCCACCAGGGGGUAGAUUAGAACCCCUAUCCACUGUAAACACACAGCAGAAUAACUACAGAACUCCAACACCUCCCAAAGUCCCAAAAAAGUUUCUCUAACAUAAUGCAAUAUAUUUUUAU